GUCGCGAGCCCAUCGGCCGACAGCGGACAGGCUCGUUUUCCGACUCCGCAAGGUUGUCCCCGGCGUGCCCUCAUUGGUGAAGGAGGGCGGGCAGGGUUGUUCCGAUUGGCGGAGAGCAGAGGGGCCCGCCCUCCCCAUCGCGCGGGGCAGGGGGCGUGGGGGCCGGUGCCGGGGGCGCCCGGCAGUCGGUGUCGGCCGGCGGCGGUGCGGGAUGGGCGGGUUGCUGCCCUUGUGCGCGGCGGCGCUGCUGCUGCUGCUGCUGGCGGCCGGCGGGGCCAUCCCGCCGCCGGAGGAGGCGGCGCGCAUGGCCCGCUUCGUGCUGCACAACUGCGACUGGGGCGCGCUGGCCACGCUCUCCGCGCAGGAAGGGCUGCGCGGCCGCCCGUUCGCCAACAUCUUCUCCCUCAGCGACGGGCCCCCUGGGCCGUUCAGCGGCAGCGGCGUCCCCUACCUCUACCUGACAGACAUGGAGAUCUCCGUGCAGGACCUGGAGAUCAAUUCAAAUGCAUCCUUAACUGUGUCUUUGGCACAGACUCCUUACUGCAAGAAGCACAGAUAUGAUCCCCAGAAUCCCCUCUGUGCCCACAUAAUCUUCUGUGGGAGUAUUGUAAAGGUGAAUGAUUCAGAAGCAGGCUUAGCAAAAAAAGCUUUAUUCAGUCGCCACCCUGAAAUGGAAAGUUGGCCUAAGGAUCAUAAUUGGUUCUUUGCCAAAUUCAACAUUACCAAUAUUUGGGUCCUGGACUACUUUGGUGGAUUGAAAAUUGUGACCCCAGAAGAAUAUUACAGCGUCAAGCCUUAGUGGAAGAAGAUCCUUGGUGAUGCUGAUACACAAAUGAAUUACUUUGGCUGUUUCAUGAAAGAUUUAUUUUUUUCUAUGUAUUGUAGAGCUGAAUUAAUAAUGCAAAAAAUCAAACACCUUGCAUUGUUAAUGAGCUUGUAUAACCCUUCUGAAGCAAAUGUAAAUUCUCACUAACUAGCACAGCUUGAAUCAUGUCAUACUCAAAAACCUUUGUGCAUAAGCCAUAACUAAAUUUUAUUCAUCGGACGUGAUUCUGGAAAGAUGUCUGUCUGUUGACAUUCUGCAUUCAGAAAUGCUGUGUUUACUGGAAACUAAAGGAUUAGUCCAUUUCUAAACCUUUCAAUGCCUUCGUUAAGUAAUAUCUGUUUGUGACCACUCUCCAAUUUUAUUUUAUUUUUAAUACCAGUUUAGUUUAGAUCUUUAUGGCAAAGUACUACAGGAUGGCUCAGCUGACUAUGGAAUGGAAAGCAUUGUUUGUAUUACGAUGGCAAAUGAUAUGCUGAGUUCCCAAAUUCUGUUAAGAAUUUUCUUUGCACGCUAAUACACUCACUCAUUUGAGCCGUUUUUCUAUUUUGCUACCUAUAUUGAAUGUGCUAUAGAAUAUAACUGUGUUUAUGCAAACUGUACGCAUACCUCAUGAUAAGUUCUUGGUAACUUCAGCUGGCAGUGGUUAUAUGCCCUGACUCUUUAAUAGAAGGAGGGUGGUAAUACCUGAAGUAUCUGGCUUUAGUAUAAGAAGAGUAGUGGCUUGUAAAUUCAAUGAGAAUGUUGUAAAGGGUAAAUGUUUUCUGAUUAGGAUCUUGAAAUCUUCAGCUUUGUUAGUCUGAUCAAAUGGCAAUGUAUCAGCUUUUAUUACUCUCAACAGUAGAACUGAGCAGAUUUUUGGUUUUGGAAGCCUUACACAGCAAUAUUGGGUUAGUUAUCCAGAAGUGAGAAAGAAGCAAUACAGUAUGACACAGAUGAUUUAUGACUUGUAGAAAAUGAAAAUUAAUGAAGGGUGUGCAUAAUUAAUUCUCUGUUAAAAUAAGCCACACACAACAACAAGAAAUAAAUGCCUUUUUAUAUCCUCUCAUGUCCCAUGUGCUGAGUUCACAAAUAUCCAAAAGUUAUUAUGAGCAGUUAAGUUGAUUUUUACAGUGAGCAAAUAUUACCUCAUCGACAGAGUAAAGAAUGUGAGAAUUUAGACUCCUUAGAGGCAGAUCCAUAUAUAGAACAGUGGAAUUCAUCAUAUCAAAUCUUCUCUACAUCUUAAUGUCAUUAUUAUAUCACUACUUUUCUCAAAUACUGGAAUGAUUUGUAAAAGUAUUUUUGACAUAACUUACUAAGUUUUCCUUCUCCGCAAGGGGCAAAAAGGUGCUUGUUACUGUAGCAAACCCAUUCUGUUCUACUAUUUGAAAAUUAGUUUAGGAUCAAAAAAACUUACAAUAUGGAAGCAAUUUAUGUUGAACAGAUAACACUGACAUUAAAUAUGAAAUUGGAAAAUAUUUUUAUAUAAGGCAUAACAAUUGUGGAAACUCAAAUGAUCCUCUGGUAUGGACUUGAUUCUUACCAUAGGGACACCUGAAUGCAUUACAUAUCACUCCGUAACUUCUUAUGUGUGAGACUGAUGAUGUUGGGCUUUUGUUAAAAUUAAAAUACUUUUUGACUA